AUGAGGGGCCUGGUGAUAUAUGUGUUGCUAACGGGUUUAUUUUACUUUUCCGAAGGCAAACCCUGCCCUGAAAAGACACGCCCCCACAAGACCCGCUGCGACGCCUACUACAGGUGCCGGGAGCUGGCCUCCAACUCCCAUGUCUGGGUUCCGGUGAAAUGUAACGAGGGUCUGGUGUACGAAACGAGUCUGGGCGGCUGCGUCCUGCCCGGCGAGGACUGGGAGUGUAUCACCCCCAGUGAGGUUUCCAGCUCUACGCCUUCCACCAGCCACUCGGAUGCGGAUAUACUCAUUGUAAACGACAUGGAUGAGGCGGGUCUGCUACUCAGCGAGCCCUCUGCUCAUCACAAUGAACACUCAGAUGAUGGCACUGUGGAAAUAGUCCUGGACUCAACGCUCAGCAGUGAAGAGCAGGGGGAGGAAGGCCACAAGCAGACAAGUUCCACUGAAAUCCACGAAGAGGAGAGCUCUUCCUUGCAACAUUUCGACUCCAGUGGGGAUGGAGAGCUCAUGGAGUUGGACAGUCCUCCGCCGAAGGUUGAAAAUCGCGAAGAAGAAUUGGAAUUACAUCAUGAGCACACACUGGAUAUGCAACACAUGUCGGAUGUGACGCACAGACCGGAUGUGGAGCAGCUAAAGGCGGAGCUGAAGCAAGCGGCGAGUGUGAGUGAAUUGGCCAAGCCGGGAUCCCAGAUCGAUCCCCAGCUGACGGCUCAUCUCCAGAGGCUCUCCCAGCUGAUUGAUGGACUGCAGCAGACCUACCAGAAGACGGACAAACUGCAAGCGGAUAUGCGACCGGAUCAGCUAAAUGCCUUUUUGGCGCACUUUGACAUCAAGAAUCGGUACGAGAUGAUGAAUCCCAUGGAGGCCACCACACAGCAGGCCACAUCCACCAGCACGACGACGCCAGAGCCACCCAGACACAGUACCACCAAACUACCCGAAGCCAAUCGCAACAAGACGCGUCUUCAAGAGCAUCUCUCCAAGCACCGAUUGGAGCCGGAGACGAAGCUAAUGCUCAGCAAUUCCCUGCCCUUUAAUGGGGCCACGGGUCAGGGCUAUGCCAACUCCCAGAUUGUGGUCAAUCGUCCCGAGGGUUCGGUGAUGUUUGCUCUACCGCCGCAGUACGGUAUGAGCCAAGAGCAGGGGGGCUCCUCCUAUACCUCACAGCAGACUCACUCUCAGAGUCAUUCCCAGAGUCACGAGUACAGCGAUCAUGAGCCAAAGAUUUCAGAGGAUACGCUCAAGACGGUGCUGGAGCUCUCGAAGCAGAUGAUUGCAGCCCAGAAUGUGCCCAAGGUGCUGCCAAAUCCGGGGUUUAAUGGGUAUUAUGCUCAACCAAUACUGCAGCCGGUGUAUCUAUCGGCGCAUGGGAAUCCAUUCCAGCAGUACUAUGCACCGCAGCCGAUGCCCAGCCAUUAUAUGCAACACAAGAAGCAUUCGUCGGGUAGUUCCAACGGAAAUGGUGGCUACAACAAGCCCAGCACCACCAUCAUCCACAACAAUGUGAUUCCUGUGCAUCUUUCCAGCACCAGCUCGGGAGAGAAGGAGGUACUGGAUACCUACGGGCACAGUUUGGGUGUGUAUCCCAGCCUGGACAAGCAUCAACCCAGUGGCAUGGACUACAUGACCACAGCACGGCCCACGCCCACAGUCUCCAGUCAAUAUCCGUCGCCCUUUGCCUCGGAGUACACACUGACGACGCCACGGCCCUUCCAGGAGCAGCCCUCUGCCGCGACAGUGUCCACUUAUUACACGCCCAGUCCGCAUCUAAGCGAACAGAAUGUGAACCGCAUCUUCCAGGCCACCGAAUCGUAUCCCACCAUGAAUAUGCCGCGACCCAUGGACAUGAGCAUGUUUCCGGGUGGACAUUUGGAGCCGGGACAGGUGAGCAUUCGACCCAAUUCGCAAAAAAUCGAAAGCAUGGAGAUGGAUGCUGACGAGAUGAUUAAGGCCAGCAGCUAUGGGAAUGGAAAUGGGAAUGGGAACAGCUCCCCGCACGUACUGACCUACAGCAGCGACGGUGGCAUCUCUGGAGGUGGCGGCGGCGGCGGCGGCGGCGGCAUGAGCCAUCAAUUAGCACCCUCGGGAGCAUAUCUAGAUCAGAGCUACAAUCAGCAGCAGCAGCAGCAGCCUCAGCAGCAUCAUCAUCAUCCGUACAUGCCUCGACCGACAAUGAGCAGUAACAUUUACAGCGACUCCGAUGGCAAUAUGGAGCUCAAUAUGUUUAGUAAUAUGAAUCCAUACACUCCAGGAAAGGUUAAUUAUGGUGGAGGAUCGAGCAACCCCUCACCCAAUGGACAGCUAGUCAACUUCAAUGGGAAUUUUAUUAGUUUGGACGUCUUUCAAAAGUCGAUACUCCCACUGUUGACCAAAUCCCCUUCGGCCAUGUCGGAACUGGGAAAUGUAGAGGUCAUCACCUGCCAGACGGGUGUGCGGCAACCCAAUCAGACGGAUUGCACUCGCUACUUUGUGUGCAGCAAGAAGGACGGCAAAGUUCUCUCCUACUCGUGUCCUCCCUAUACGGGUUUCAAUAAGCAGACGCGGAUCUGCGAUGCCCAGACGUAUGCCCAGUGCGGGAGUGUGAUGCCUGCUUUCAGUGGCUAUACCAUAGACAGCAAUAGACGCCUCCAGAUGGAGACCAUCAAGAUGUUAAGCGAAGCUAAAAGGCGACAGGAGGCGGCCCUCAAGGCCCAGAGCAUUGCCAGUCUUCUGCAGCAAUAUGGAAACACUGAAACAGGAGGAAUAUCAUCAGGGAUCGCCUCCAACAUUGAACAGGAUUCAAUGGACAAUGGAUAUAUGGUAAACCUGUCCGACAUGAGUCCGGCCACAACCACAGCCAGACCACCCAUCAUCAUUCAAUCCAGCAGUAAUUCCAUAGGAUCUUCAUCUUCCUCUGGAUCUUCUUCUGGGGGAUCGGUGAAGAAGCGAAAGUACUACUGCAAGGAGGGCGACAAAAUACCCGAUCAGACAUCGAUCAGCAGCUACUUUGUGUGCUACAAGAAUGCCCAGGGCCAGAUGAAGGGCCACAAGAUGAACUGCUCCAAGAGUCUGCUCUUCUGCCCCAAAACGCUCAUGUGUACCCUGGCCUCCAAGUGCCAGGACUAG